AUCUGCCCUUCCAUCUACAAACAUGCCGCACAACACAACACCGCCAUGAGUACGGCUGCAGCGCCUGCGCCUCAACAAAUAGUGACAAUCGGUGUAGCCAGCAAAGAUGCACUGUCAGCAGCAAUAGAGGCGGUAGGGGCUCGACCGCGACGCGCGCAACGCAGGCCUACCAAGCCAGCACCGUACGAUUUAGCAAACCACUCGAAGGCGUUUCUUGAGGGCGGCCAAUACGCCAAUGCGUACGAGUUCCUCAACAGCCUGCUAGCAGCGGGCACCUCAAUAUCGACUCCAGCCCAGCCGUACGCUGGCUAUCUUGCGCCGCCCUCUCAGAUCGCGCUCGCCGCCUCCCUUGUCCCGUACAAGUUCAAGUCGCCCUCAAGAGAGACUUCCAGAGGCUCUGACGCAGCCUUCCGCUACCUGCAAUGCCUCCUGUCCACAAUAGACGGCCCGUCAUACCCAUACGUACGGCGGGCUUUCGCCUUCCCUACAGAGCGCACACGGCGAAAUCCUCGCGGGCACAGGAACACGACUAGAAGUUUGUCUCCUACCGAAGACGAUGACAUUGACCACCUUUACUGCGAAGUCGCCAACGAUAAGAGCCUUUGGUAUAGAGCUGACGACGUUUGGCACAUUGUCGGCUGGGCGUUUAACUGCUCCGCGGCAUACAAGAAGCGGUGGGAGAGAUGGACGCUGUGGCUGACAGCCAUGCUCGACUUUUUAGAGGCCGACUGGGAAGUUUGCACAAAGCAGAGUCAACAUGAACAUGAAGAAGAUGGGCAAGAGGGUGCGCUGCAGCAAAGCCUAAUUUGGCAGUAUGUCUCGGGGGAGGGGCAGUUGACGACACGAACGAUCAGACGACGUAUAGCAAAGGCAAUUUUCGCGAUCGCUUCAACCGAGUCGCUAAAGGACUACCCCGAGAUCUGGGAGAAUGAGACUAAGGAGCCCAGAGAAUUGCCGAACAAGAGACAGAAGCUCGGAAAUGUUGACUUCGAGGUAGGCGAAGUGGCAGACUACGACAGUGACGACGAGGUGAAAGACACUCUUGCACGAGCGACACGGGCGAUCGAGCGCAAGUUCGAAGCCGCACCUCCACCCCAGCUGCCUGACAUCGACAACGGCAGUCUGAGCUUGGAAGAUGCUAUAGAACGACUAGGAGGCAGCGACGCAAUAGUGUUGCGACAGCGUCUCCUAGCGUUGGUAACUCAAGUGGCUGUUAAGCUGCCUAACCAGUUCACAAAGCUUAGUGAUUGGUUUGACAAUGUUGUGGAAGACUUUCGGUUCCUGCCGACAAUGCUGUUUAACGUGUUCCUCACAACGUUGGCAGUGCCCGGGCCAAUGAAAUAUAUGUUCCUAGCCAACCUGCUGAUACCAUUUGUCAGUGGUACAUUGCCGGACUACUUCCGCUACGAUCCUACGCAGGAGCACUUCGAGUCGAUCCUGCUGCCGUUGAAGGGUAGUCAAAGCUUUGCAGCCAACGCCAAGGUGUCCCUCAUCCUCGAGCAGCUGUUCAUACUCAUGAUGGCAGACGAUCGACUCGAGUCGACUAACGCGCUGAGAGAGGCCAUGGAAACUGGUAUACAAGCCAGGCGUAACGCGUACGGUUCAGGUAGAGGAAAGAGAGGCAAAGCUGGCGAGGAAAAGCAAGCACGAGAGCUUAUGGAAGCUAGCUCGAGUCGACUUUUGGGCAUGUUGGAGAUGCUCAAGAUCAUGGCAGUGAAUCCCUCGCAGAGGAGGGCAGACUGCAAAAACAGCAUUCUUUCAUCGUUCGGCUCUGGAUCACCGCUGUCGUCAGUGCCGAGCGAUAUGGAAGAGGAUGAGGAUUAGGUGUCUCCACAUAACAUCUAGCGGCAUGGUCUCCAUCAAGUACGCUGCCGUGCAGUGCAACCUAUGAGGCCAU